CCCUUGAAAUUGAAACAAAUGGACUUAAAGAAGCUUGUGAAGAACUUGGUGUUAUAAUUGUCGCGUGUAGCCCAAUAGGACGUGGUAUUUUAUCAUUCAUAGAUGAUUUUGAACCUGAUGACUUUCGUAAAUUCCUUCCUCGUUUUAUGGGAGAUAAUUUUACUAAAAAUUUAGAAUUCGUAAAAGAAAUUGGAAAGAUAGCCGAAAAGAAAGGUGUUACUCCUAGUCAACUUAGUUUAGCAUGGAUAUUGGCUCAGGGUGAAAACAUCAUUGCAAUUUCUGGUACUAAAAAAAUUAAAUAUUUGAAAGAAAAUGGACAUCCUGCCAAUGCUAAGUUAACCAUUGAAGAAUUAGCUGAAAUUCGAAAAAUUAUUGAUUCAAUUGAAAUUGCCGGCAAUAGACCAUCAAACGAUUUUAGUUUACAAAAAUAA